CAGCCACUGUGAGGUUUGAUUUUUUCACCUGGUAGCUGCUGCAAGCAGACCAUGGCGUCUGCAGCUCUGUGCGACUUGCCUCAGAACCCGGAAGAACUCCCUGGGGAACCGUCAUCUCAAGAAGAAGAUGAGGAUUGUGAUUCUGAAGAUCCAGUCAGCGACUCGGCUUCCUACUCUUCAGCGGGUAGCCACUCUGAUGAUCUUGAACCUGAGUGGCUUGACAGUGUGCAGAAAAAUGGGGAGCUGUUUUAUUUGGAACUGAGUGAGGAUGAGGAAGAAACCCUCCUUCCUGAAUCACCGACAGUGAACCACGUGCGAUUCAGUGAAAAUGAGAUCAUUAUUGAAGAGGAUGAUUACAAAGAAAGAAAAAAGUACGAACCCAAACUCAAGCGGUUUACCAAAAUCCUGAAGAGUAAAAGGCUUUUACCCAAGCGUUACAAUAAAAAGAACAGCAAAGACAAUGGGCCAGUGUCCAUCCUCAAGCAUCAGUCUAAUCAGAAGACAGGAGUCGUGGUCCAGCAGCAGUACAAGGAUGUGAAUGUGUACGUCAACCCCAGAAAGCUGACUGUCGUCAAAGCCAAAGAGCAGCUCAAACUGCUGGAAGUGCUCCUUGGGAUCAUCCAUCAGACCAAACGGAGCUGGAGAAAGACUGGGAAACAGAGCGAGGCAGAGAAGCUGGCAGUACAUGGCCUGCUGCCAGGAGGAGCUGCCAUCAAGAGCGGGCAGGUGCUGAUUGGUGAUGUCCUUGUUGCUGUGAAUGAUGUUGACGUCACCUCUGAAAACAUAGAGAGAGUUCUGUCUUGCAUUCCUGGACCCAUGCAGGUGAAACUAACGUUUGAAAACGCCUAUGCUGUGAAGAAGGAAACUGCCCAGCCAAGAGAGAAAAAGGCACAGUCAAACACAAAUGAUUUAGUGCAGCUUCUGUGGGGAGAUGCGGCUGACAGUGCCCAGCAGGAGGUCCUGAACACCCCGCAUAUCGUUAUGUAUCUCACACUUCAACUAGACUCAGAGGCAUCUAAGGAAGAGCAAGAGAUUCUUUAUUAUUAUCCAAUGUCGGAAGCAUCUCAGAAACUUAAAAGUGUAAGAGGAAUUUUUCUCACUCUCUCUGACAUGUUGGAAAAUGUAACUGGAACACAAGUUACAAGCUCAUCUCUCCUUCUAAAUGUGAAACAACAAGUUCAUGUAGCUUAUUGGAAAGAAUCUGACAAGUUGUUGUUAAUUGGCCUGCCUGCCGAAGAUGUUCCGCUUCCUCGGCUAAGGAACCUGAUGGAAGAUGUCACCCGAACCUUGAAGUUUAUGUAUGGAUCGUUAGAUGGUGCCUUUUGCCAGACUGAGAAUGUUCCUCGCUUGGAUCAUUUUUUUAGUUUGUUCUUUCAAAGAACACUUCAGCCUGCUAAACUACAUUCCAUCCCUGGUUCCAGUGCCCAGCAAUAUGACGCCUCCAGUGCCAUACUUUUAGACAAUCUGCCUGGAGUUCGAUGGCUCACACUUCCACAGGAAAUCAAGGUGGAAUUAGACACAGCAUUGAGUGACUUAGAGGCUGCAGAUUUUGCAGAACUGUCUGAGGAUUACUAUGACAUGAGGAGGCUGUAUACAAUUUUGGGAUCUUCUUUAUUUUACAAGGGUUAUUUGAUAUGCAGUCAUUUGCCUAAGGAUGAUCUUAUUGAUAUUGCUGUAUAUUGUCGCCACUAUUGCCUGCUGCCUUUAGCAGCAAAACAGAGAAUUGGUCAGUUGAUAAUAUGGAGAGAAGUGUUUCCUCAGUAUCACCUCCACCCUCCUGCAGACUCCAACACUGAAGUCUUUCAGGAACCUGAAGGGAGAUAUUUUUUGCUCAUCAUUGGCUUGAAACAUUAUAUGUUGUGUGUGCUAUUAGAAGCAGGAGGCUGUGCAUCCAAAGCUAUUGGGAACCCUGGACCAGACUGUAUAUAUGUGGAUCAGGUCAAAACAACCCUUCAGCAGCUGCAAGGAGUCGAUUUGCGCAUCGAGGAACAGCUGCUGUCUUCUUCAGGACCCUGCUUGUCUUGCGCUGACUGGUUCCUCGCCGGAUCUGGUGAAAAAACAGACACUUUGACCACUUCACCUAUCCUCAGUAGGUUACCGGUUUCUUCUAAAGUCUCAACCUCUCCAACCUGCAGAAGAUCCCUGUUUGGUGACUAUUCGUUAAAGACACGCAAGCCCAGUCCUCCCCGAAGCAGUGGACGACCUGACGAUGGUUGUGAAGAUGGAGAAAGUACUGGCAUUAGCCCUCAUACCACACCAGAUGCAGUGCGGAAGCAAAGGGAGUGUCAAGGCUCUGAUGGCUCAGAAGAAAGUGGGGUCUUGCUUAAGAUCACUAAGAAAAAGUCUACUCUUCCAAAUCCACUUUCUUUGGGAAACAUGAGAAAGGAUCUUUCCAAAAAGGAAUUGGAACUACAUAACACAAUGAAAUUGACAUCUGGUCCUGAGAAUACACUUUUCCACUAUGUUGCCUUAGAAACAGUGCAAGGAAUCUUUAUUACUCCUACCCACGAAGAGGUGGCACAGCUAAGUGGUUCUAUCCAUCCUCAGCUAAUCAAGAAUUUCCAUCAGUGUUGUCUUUCCAUUCGUGCCAUUUUCCAACAGACAAUGGUGAAAGAGAAAAAGAAACCCCUAGAUGAUGGAGAUCACUCAGCCUCUGCGUACUCAGUGUCUUCUCUUAACCCUGUGAAAGAGCAUGGUGUGUUGUUUGAAUACUCACCUGAAAACUGGACUGAUCAGAAAAAAGCACCUCCAGUUAUGUCUUACUGGGUAGUAGGGAGACUGUUUCUUCAUCCAAAACCUCAAGAACUGUACGUCUGUUUUCAUGACUCGGUCAAGGAAAUUGCCGUUGAAAUGGCAUUUAAAUUAUUCUUUGGAUUAACCUUGUAAUUGUUUUCUUAGUUCAUGGCAGCCCAUGCGAGCAUCAGUGUCAUAACUGAAAUAGCAGAGAGAUGCAGUUUUGCUUAUUAUUGUUCAAUACUGAACACAGUGUUGUUAAAUAUUUAGAUGAAAUGCUGUUUGAUUUCAUAAAUCUUGUAUACUAUUAUGAGACUUUUGGGAAAAUAUUUGAUUGAUAUAUGAAAAGGGAUAGUUAACUUAUUUCCAUGUGGGUAUAUAAUGUUAAUUUAUUGACUAAUUUGAAAUAAUGUGAAGUGUUUUAUAUAAAAGUAAUAUAGGAAAUGUUUAUU